AACCUUUGGCCUCAACAUCCCUAGAGGUUUUCCAAGUUCUUUGUUCCGGAGAUCCCGGUGAAAAAACCAACCGCUUCCUUGGCCCAAAGCUGCGUCCUCCUCCCAGGCAGAGCUUAGCGGGAUGGAUGAGGAACAUCUUCACGACGAUCUGCACGUUUUCGAAGACAGAAACUUCUUCCAGCUGAAGCUGAGAUCCUUUUUCACGGUGUACUUGCUACUGGCCCUCUCCUUCUUGCUGAACAUCAUCCUGUUUGCUGUCUCGCUCUCCAGAGUUUCAACCGUUUCUUCUAAACUCAGCGAGGUGAGGCCGGAACAGAAACAGAACUUUUCCAGCAGGGAUUCGCUGUUGUUUCCCUGCGGACCCGGAUCCCGAGAAUGGGAAUACUUCGACGGGAAAUGUUACUACUUCUCGCUAACCAGAACGAGCUGGCACAAGGCGAAGGCUCAGUGCGAAGAGAUGCGCUCGCAGUUGGCUAUCAUUAACAGCUACGCCAAGCAGAAUUUUGUCAUGUUCAGGACGAGGAAUGAGCGUUUCUGGAUCGGGCUGACCGACGAGAACUCGGAAGGGGAAUGGGAAUGGAUCGACGGGACCGAUUAUAAAACCACGUUCACAUUUUGGAAGGAGGGAGAGCCCAACAACAGCGGCAGCAACGAAGAUUGCGCCCACAUCUGGAUCUCCGGGAAGUGGAACGACGUCUACUGCACCUACGAGUGCUACUACGUCUGCGAAAAACCUCUGCCCAACUGAGCGAAGCCGCAACGGCCGAUGCUCCGGCACCGCAAACGUCCCUUUUUUUUUUUCUUUUUUUUUUUUUUUCUCCUCUUAAUUUAUACUAUCCGAGUGCUCGCUCCCCGCUCUUCCUCUCCACCGCGCCAUCCCGAGGAAGAGCGGGGACGGAUUUCGACGGUCCUAAGCGAUAUACGCAGGAAUCCAGGUUCUCCACGGGGAGCUCAGCCUAAUAAAGGACGAUUAUUGCUCUGGUUAA